GUCUUCCUCGUCAGAAUUGUCGUCCGCCUUGGACCGCUUGCUUUAAAAACCAAAGCCCCCCUCUCGACGCUCAUAUCUUUAUUUUUUAAUAUUCUCUCUAACAAUUCUUAAAAUUUUAAAUCAACAAUGGCGGAAUCAAAGACAAAAUUUGCAGAAGUCAGGGAAUGGAUCAUCGAACACAAGCUUCGUACCGUUGGUUGCUUAUGGCUAAGUGGUAUCUCUGGUUCAAUCGCCUAUAACUGGUCAAAACCUGCCAUGAAAACCAGUGUCAGAAUCAUCCACGCUAG